UUUGAGGCGAAACAAGCAAGCAUGUUCAUAGCUCUGGAUAAGUUAUUCGCGUUGCACAAUGCAAUGCUUGUUGAAUCACGGUUGAUUAAGGCUUUCUUCAUCUACUUCAUGUCAAUCUUCGUCAUCUACAUGUUUACCAGUACCAAACAAACUUACACUAUAAGGCCAAGGCUUUACAUCGGCUUGUGCAUCACCCUGGUGUUAGAAGUGAUGACUCUCCGUCUCAUGAACGACACAGAACGGCAGGCAUGGAUGACGAAUCUUGUCAGAUCCCUCUUUGCCGUUCUUGCUUCAACCCAGCUUCUUUAUGCAGUUUUCACAUACAGGGACUAUGAAGUAUUAAACCACCAGAUUUUGUUAAGGCUAGUAGAAAAGGUUAACGAUAUUCAGAGCAACACAGAUUCUACAUGGAGCGACAGUGAGGUGGAUUGGUCAUCCUGGAUUGAUGAGGACUUGUCUGAUGAUGAGGACAACCUUAAAGAUCCUGAUUACAGAAUUCCAGAAGAGAUAAAGAACAAUUUGCUUACCUCUUCAGAAACGAGAAGAUCGUAUAGCCUCCGUCACCGAUAG